GUGGAGCAGGGAACAGUUUGUACCAUAGUGUUGACCAGUUGUUGAAAAGGAUGUCCGGUUGUACUUGUAGUCAGGCGUCUAGGCCAAGGGUUAACACAUUUUGAGGCGCAUUGCCCUGGGGACAAGAUCAUCUGGUGCUUUGACAUUUUAAUUGAAACUGACACGAGAGCUAGCAGUGAGCGGUUUUAGUACAUGUACAGCCAUUUCGGUGGUGUUGGCGGUGGCAGUGGUGGAGUUGAGCAGGGAUCAAGAGCUUGAUGUGUUGUCGUGGCCGUGGACGGACAGAUCAUAAAGAUCUUGAUUCGACACACCUGUCCGCGUCAGCCAAGUUCCGGUCAUUAUUUGUGUUUCCCGGGACUUUCUCACCACACACACACCACCACCAACCACACCACACGACAGCAGAAACUCAGGGGGAGCUUAACACCGUGUAUGCAAGGGGGAAGAAGUCCAGAAAAAUAACACCGCGGUAAGAAUCCCAGGAAUGGCACCUGGCGCAUGUGGCUACGUGCCGUUGAGCCUUUAAGCCCCACACACUACCGCCGGAAACUCCAAGGUAUAACACGGCAGAGACAGUUGCUCCAGCCAGGACAGAGAACAAACCUGUGGGAAAAACAACCAGAGAAACCACGACACGAGGGGGAGGAGAUGUUGUAAUGAGCGAGACGGACGCUGGGGAGACGUCAGGGGAACGCACCGUCCGUCCUUCAGGUCACCCGCACUGUUUCCAAGCUCCCCCACAAACAGAUCAGAGCUUAUAGCGUCCCACUCGCACACCUGUCGGCCCGGGUCAUAUUCAACCCUCAGCCCGCCUCAAUUGUUUCUCAAUAACACCUUGCCAUAUCAUCGCCAUCAUCAUCAUCAUCGGAUUCCGCCCUUCCUUCGUACCCUGUGUGUGCUGAACAGUUUCCCUCCCUAUACUCAAAGGAACACACAAAAAUCGCAACACGAACCGGACGCAGACGCUAACAUGAAACAAUUACAGAGUUUAUGGAGCACCGGCUUGCCGCAUGUUGCAUCCAUGGCACAGGAUGGAAAUGGCGUGAUAUCGCGGCAGCCCCGGUCUGACUUGACCAGGUCCUUGCGGCAGUCUAGCGGACAGCAGCAGCUCCGGAGCCUGGACCUGCCGGCCCUGCAGAACGCCCCGUUGGAGCGGCAGGCCCGCAGGAACGAAUACGUGGAUGUCCCGGGCACUGAAAACCGGAGGAAUAACAAUGAGAGCCCGUCGGUAGUCCUCUCCAGCAGCCACCAGCACCGCGGCCACCGGUCCACUUGCAUCAUCGUCUCGGACAACGGCAAGACCAAAGUCUUGAAACUUGGCAAACGGGAAGUCAGUAGGACUAGCGACGAAGUCAGCGAGGCCGCUGCCCAUCACCAGGCCAGGACCUCGCUGCACUGUUUCGACAGCACCGACAUCAUCCCCUGCGCGAAUUGUGGGCUAUGCUGCUGCGACCAGUGCCGGCCCAGAACAGACCCCAACAACCACACCUGGCUGUGCAGGGACAGGUACGAGUGCUCAGCCGAGAACAACUUGGAGCAUUGCACCUGCCUCUGUUGCGUCAAGGGAUUAUUUUACCACUUAGCGGACAGCAACCACGAUGACUACUCGUGGGGCGACAAGCCGUGCUCGUGCGGGGACAAGAGAUGCUGCUUGAGAUGGUCCAUAAUGGGAAUGAUCUCGCUGGUAUUGCCCUGUCUCUGGUGCUACUUGCCUGGGCGAGGGUGUAUAUCGACAUACAAAUACUGCUUUGGCAGGGACGGCUGCAAAUGCAGGGAACCCGAUCCGGAUUACGAGUGGUUCGGAGCCGUCUCACUGUAGAAGCCUCACCGCAAUCCUCCUCGUCGUCUUGUGCAAGCCUGACAGUUCCCAGCCUGCCGGCGAACAUGGGGUACAUCCGACACCGGUGCGGGCCAGCGGGGCGCCCCGUUUCAGGCCGGCGGGCCGCGGUUACCGCGCGCCCCGCCGAGUCAAUGACAUGCCUCGCCACGUGGCCACCACGGCAGAAUUUCCGUAACUCAAGGAUAUUAUAUCAGUGCGGCGGCUGUGGAAACAACGCUCGAGUUGCAGCAGCGGGGCCAGCGGCCGGCCACCACCGAAGCAUCCGAACGCUGGAACCACUGCGGAACCGUCUACAGGAUAACCAGGGAUAUAUCGCAUCCACCGUGCAAGGAAUUCUGAUAAACAGGAGCGGACGUCUCGUGUGGAUCAGACCCAAUCGGUAGCACAAACCCGAGGGGGCCGUUCAAAAGCGUCUCCCUUCAACCCCCUGGGAAGAGAAAUUAUACACACAAGUCACAAGAAAUAUGUGAUCGCAUGAAGGAGAGGAAAUCAAACCACAAACACACACACACACGUGUAAAUGUACCGUCCCGCGGUGGGGGACCUGCUUCAAAGAUUGAAUUAUUUUUUAUUAUUCAUGGGAAAAAUGGUGCAAUGAACACUACACCUAGAUAGUGUGCUAAAUAUAAUAUGUAUAGAGAAACAAAAGUGUACGGUUGUGUAGUAAAAUCAAGAUGUAUUGUGACCCCAAAGAGAAACCAAUCGGAAGGGCCGGCGCUGGAUCCGAUUCCAAUUAAGAAUUCAGGUGAAAAACGCACAGGUGGAUAUCAAAGUACAGCGGGCCCGAAAAACAACGACCCCACGUACGCGUUUAGCAACUCCACAAACCUCCAAAAAACAAAACAACGAAAAAAUUGACCUUGCCGAUUGUUUUUUCCCGCGCUUUCCAGCUUCACCGGAAUUGGAAACACAAAACCGGGCCUAACGCAAAUCACCGAGCUAGCUGGGCAGAUGUUUGUUUAACGUCUCGUCCGGAUAUCUCGCAUUUCACCUUUUUACUCCACUUCAGGAGAAGGCGAAGAAGAAAAAAAACAUGUUUUCAAACCCUUAAUGGUAGAGCUGGAGUAGCCACAUAGAUCCCACUGUUUUGAUAUUAAGUCUAUACAUAAUAUGUACUGUAGAUAUUUAUAUAUGUAUAUACAUGUAUAUAUGUACAUUUUAUAUAUAUAUGUGUACAUACAUAUAUAUAUUAUAUAUAGAUAUAAACAUUACACUCGAUAUUAAAGGUCGUGUCGGUCAGCGUUGUUUGUCUACAGCGAGGCUUUCAUUUGCCUUCGUGUUUUUAUUUUUAUUAUUUUGUUCUUCAAAAACACGCCUAUCAAAAGCCUCGCUGUAAACACCAAGUGUAGUAAUAAACCCACAAUUUCUGGAUUGUUAUAUGAAUUUUUGAAAACUGGUUGUAUAAAAUUAUGUACGAAUCCUGUUGGUUAAUAAUAUUAAAUGUAAAAAAAAACCUCGCGGACAGUAUUCAGGUAGAGUUGUAAUAAGCGCAGGGAUUGUGGAGGGAGUCGAGGAAGAAGUGAACAAAACAAAAAGGAAAGUAAAAAAAAAAAAAUUCGUUGGUGUUCAUUCACCAGGAUCACGCAAGUCAUGCUCCACUCCUCCUUUCAUUUUUUUUUUUACCAAGCGCUCUGUCCGCCCAAACUACACACUGUUUCCGGCAGCUUUUCACGCGAGGACAAUACCGAGUCUCUCAAUGGAGCUGUAAAACCUCAUCGAGUGUGCCAGUCAAUAAUACUCUAUUGAACAAUUCCCUUAAAACGGGGGGAGUUCACCCGCAGUUCUGUAGCGAAAAGAGGUCCCUUUUUUGGCCCGCGGGCAACUUAAGCCCAGCGCUGGCCCCCAUAAGUAGGAGUCAUUAGUGGGUAAAACCUGUGAAACUUUUCAAGGGCUAUUUCCUCUCGGGUUUUUUUUUCUCCCUUGAUGAUUCUUAACGAGUAACUUCCUAAAACCCCCCAUUAAAAAAAAAAAAAAACUCCAAGCUACCCCACGUAAGUGAUGGGCUUGUUCAAGCAUUGUCAAUUUGCAUGGAACAAAGAGAAAAGUACAAAAACUCCGGAAAUAUUGAGGAGAAAUAUCGGUGGACAAAAAUUAUCAGCCUCCCCACGCAAAAAAAACCCAUGCAUGCGUGAACAAUUUCGCCAGCAUUAUCAUAACUGUAGAGGGGUGUUUGGUGCAGGGCAGCCGGUUGGGGCUGGGGCUCAGUCGUGCGAGCGCCGCUUUGUUAGCCACGCCGAGCUGUGUAAUUUAGCGUACCCUUUACCCACCGUCUGAAUUUACCAAACCGAUAAGUGCACCCCUGUACCAAUGAAAAAAAAAGGCUGCGGAAUAAAUCCCUCCAAAAGGUACGGGCCGGGCCAUUGUGGCCGUGUAUUGCGGGUGUGAAGUCGGGCAGAAAACUUUCCCCGGCGACUCGGUCGGUGUAUUAUUUUUUUUGGCAACUGCGAGAUUUGUUCACACGUUCCUCCCUAAAAUGCCUCGAUGCUGCUGGAACAUUUUUUUUUCUUCAGACAAACAUGUGGCUUGCCGCGGAUUUGCAGCACAUUUAGGUUCAUGUCAAGGAUGAUUUUUUUUUGGUUCCCUUGUACUGCAUUACCCCUUCAACUGGAAACAUGAAACGUACAGCAAGGCUUUUCAGCGCAAAACUGAAGAAGAAGAAAACAAAACUGAAACUGAAGAAGAAAACAAAACACUACCAUUUUUAUAGGUUUAAUUAUGCUGGUACGUUCCAAUCUAGUUCCAUAUGCUGUCUCCGCUUCGUGUAGUGCACAGAGCAGGCUGACCUCUAUUUUUCCACGAAAACCAUUGAAUAAAUCAUUUGGGAUUAGUAAACACUUUUUUUAAUCAAAAAGCUGGGGACAGUACGAUUAUGUAUUCUUAUUUACUAUACCUGGCACCGCGUUGUUUGUGUGAGAGAAGCCGGAAACAUGGCGCUGGGCGCGCACAGUGCGCAUGGUCAUAGGGGUCAAGUCUUGACGACGACCCGCCAUGAUGGUCGCGGUGGGAUGCCCUCUUUUUUACCAAACUUGUUCGGUUCCCUCCAGAACUCCUGUUGUCGCAAUCAUGUCAAAUUUUAAAGUUGGCUCUACUCAGUUUCUUCACCAGUUUUUUUUGUUAUCCCUUCACUGCCAUAACUUGUACCGAUGUUAUUUUUUUUUUAACUGGUGUUCAGAUAAGCACUUUCAACUUCAAUCUUUUUCCAUCUCACCUGCUCAGCAUUUUUCCCUGACUUUAUAAUUUCAACUCGGUUUAAGAUUUUAAAACAAAAUCUGGCAUGUGAUUUUUUUUCUCUUCUGUAGUUUAGCCAACCUGAAACACGUGCGUCGUUGGCAUAAGCACACGUAGGCUUAAAUUCAUACAUGCACCCAGCUUAACCCGGGCACAGUACAAGGUACAGGCGAUGAUUGUACUCAAAACGCUAGCCCUGUAGUGCACCGUAUUAUUCACAAGGGGUCGAAGGUCGCUUGUAGGUAAACUGUGCCGGUCCCGCAAAUGUUUGCUCUUUUCUCUUCUAGUUCUAUACUCAACGGCAAAUGAUUCAGAUUUGGCUUUACUUUUUAGGGGCAGCUUUAAUUAGUAAAAACUCCGCUUGAAACACAUGGAAAACAAACUCCGCUUGGGAAAAAAGUUAGACCAGCUCUGAGAAAAGUUUCUCAACAGAUUUUGAAGUCUAUUUAACCCGAUGCAAUUUCCUGGUUGAACUACUUGGACGAAGAGACGAGAAUUUUAGAUUCUCAGACCCGAUUUGCACAACGGAAAAAAAGUUGAAACUUGCCCCGUGCCCGAUCUGGGGAUGAUUAGCGCAGGCCAGCUUCUGAUUGUGUGCAGCCCUACAGAUCUGGGGCUUCCCGCGUGAACGGCACCCUGGCUCGGUUCACACUGCCAGUUAUAUCAAUCAACUAAAAAAAAAAUCUAAAAAAAAAAAAUCUCGGAACAAUUCCUCCGAGAUCGAAUCCGGUGCAAAGUCCCAAGGUCGACACAAUGGGACUGUGUGAGAUACGAGCCAAAAAAAGAUGGUAAACUCGUGGGUAGAGUACACAGGAAGUCACUUGUAUACUCGAAAUGUUGAAGAAGAAGAAAAAAAAUCAGCUUGUUUGUUCACCGGGUUAUUUGCUUGCUGACCUAAAUCCUCAGUGCCAAAAGUGGGAAAUAAAUAGAGCCAUGUUUGUUCAGGGAACACACACAAAAAUAAUGAUCCGCGGUUUUUACUGGGACUUGGUAGGGUGGGUGCUCGUAUGAGACUCUUAUAAAAAAAAAAAGAAAACCAAAAUUUGCCUGAACUAGAAGUGUUCAUCAUUGUAGUUGUUGAUGCGAUUUGUCAGUUUUUCGUGGAAGCUACAGAGAAACCGUGCAUUAAUCAGUUUUCUUAACACUAAAUCCAGAUUCUUUCUCGCCAUACCUGCAGUUUCUUACACGUGGUACCUAUAACCCAGACCGAUUGUUUUGUACGGUUAUAUUGCUAUGCAAUGCAACGUCGUUUAGUUAUUGACACAAACAGAAAUGCAAAAAAAUGCCAAUUUUUCAGCUAGAAUUUAACUUACCCAGCAUUUUGUUUUUUGGUUAAUAUGGCAUUUGUAGAUGCUACAACUUAAAAAUGACGAGCAACUCAGUUAUUGCUGGUUCUUUUAGCUGAAACGUUUCUCUGCGUUUUACUGUUGCUUACUAUUUGUCAGGAUACUUUUCUUUAUGUCAGACUUCUCGCGUAAACUCUCAUUCUUUCUCGUGAGCAAUGGACGAGACUUGACAUUUUUAUCAAGACGAUGCAUUUCUUAUUGUGCCCAAAAAAUCCUUCCGUUUUUUUGUUUUUUUUAACUUCAAAUCAAAACCUAACUGCCUCAUCUCCUUUAGUUGAGAUCUUCAAGCAAUUAAUGUUUCUCACAGUCUUUUUUUUUUAAUCUAUUUUUUUUCUGUAAAAGAUUACGAUCGCUUAAUUCUGUACCAUUGUAUUCACACUGCAAGUUGUCUGACUUUGCAGUCAGCUUCAUGUAUUCAUGUUGUGUUUUUGUUUUUGUUAAGAAAAUAAUGUAAUGUAUUAUACCGGUGCUUUAGCACCGACCAAAAUUAUAUCAUCAUAAUGUGAAUGCAAGGGGAAAAUAAAUCUGUAUAAACAGUAAUAUUACAUUUUUUUUCCUUAAAAAUGUGGAAAACUGGAAUCUUCUUUGUGGUUGUUAACGACCUCCCGUAUCGUUAAGAGGUAAACGCCCACAAAGUAGGAUGUAAUAGUUUUUUUUGUUCGGUGAAGAAUCAUGUUUUUAAUUUUACUCUAGAAAACAUGUUAUCGUUACUGAUGUUUUAACUGCAUUUUUCUGCCAAUUUCUUUUUUUCCUGUUUGUAUAAAAAGGUUCAGAAAAUGUUAAAUAAUUGUUAUACUCAUUUAAGAAAGGAAAAGAAGUUGUUUCUUGAUUACAAGAGUGGCGGGUUAGCGGAGUCUGUGACGUCACCGCCGUAUAUACGAAAACCGGUUAAAGGUUCCAUUUUUCGGUCGCAGGCAGGACCGCAAAUGUGGUUCUAAAAAUGGCAUUGUGUCCCCUUAUGUUGUUACCAAAAAAAGCAAAAGUGUUCAUUUCUUUUCUGUUAGACAUAUUUUUGACAGUGUAAACUCAUUUAGUGGAAAAACACACACACGCAAAAGAUUUGGUACGAGGUUGAGCCACGCAUGUCAAAGGUCAUGGUGCAUGCGUAAUGAAGCUCAUGCAUGUACAUUCGAGCGAUACGAUGUAUUUAGUAAGCAAAGUUGCUGAUCCCUUUUGAAUUUGAUUUGAUUUUGACUUAAAGAAAAAAACAAAAAAAGAAUCACAUGUGGUUUGCUUCUGAAGAUAGGAACUAUUUAUCUGUAUUUCGUACAUGAGAAAAUAUGUGGAGUUCUAUUUUAUUAUAUUAUUUAUUUUUCAGGAAGGUGUUGAAGAAAAAAAAUAACAUGGAAAGCAAGAAUGCUACGAGAUAA